UGGGGGGGUGGCCGGCUGCUACAAGUGGGACGGGGGUCAGAGCUUCGUGGAGGGAAGGAAAACCUGGGGGGGGCAGGCGAGAAAAAGGAAGAAACCCAGACCUACAGGCAGGUGAACACUGAGGAAGGCCCCCACGUGUGAGAGCCCCCCGGAAGGAACAACCGCCCCCUGGCCCCCAAGAAGGGAGCACAAUGGAGGCUGCACAUGCCAAGACCACAGAGGAAUGUUUGGCCUAUUUUGGGGUGAGCGAGACCACUGGCCUCACCCCGGACCAAGUUAAGCGGCAUCUGGAGAAAUACGGCCCCAAUGAGCUCCCCGCUGAGGAAGGGAAGUCCCUGUGGGAGUUGGUGGUAGAGCAGUUUGAAGACCUCCUGGUGCGGAUCCUUCUCCUGGCCGCCUGCAUCUCCUUUGUGCUGGCCUGGUUUGAGGAAGGUGAAGAGACUAUCACUGCCUUUGUUGAGCCCUUUGUCAUCCUCCUGAUCCUCAUUGCAAAUGCCAUCGUGGGGGUUUGGCAGGAGCGAAAUGCAGAGAAUGCCAUUGAGGCGCUGAAGGAAUAUGAACCCGAGAUGGGGAAGGUCUACCGGGCUGACCGCAAGUCAGUGCAAAGGAUCAAGGCUCGGGACAUCGUCCCCGGGGACAUUGUGGAGGUGGCUGUGGGGGACAAAGUCCCCGCAGACAUCCGCAUCCUCUCCAUCAAAUCCACCACCCUCCGGGUCGACCAGUCCAUCCUGACAGGCGAGUCUGUAUCUGUCAUCAAGCACACAGAACCCGUCCCUGACCCCCGAGCUGUCAACCAGGACAAGAAGAACAUGCUUUUCUCGGGCACCAACAUUGCAGCCGGCAAGGCCUUGGGCAUUGUGGCCACGACUGGUGUGAGCACUGAGAUUGGGAAGAUCCGUGACCAAAUGGCUGCUACAGAGCAAGACAAGACCCCUCUGCAGCAGAAGCUUGAUGAAUUUGGAGAGCAACUGUCUAAAGUCAUCUCCCUCAUCUGCGUGGCAGUCUGGCUCAUCAACAUUGGCCAUUUCAAUGAUCCUGUCCAUGGGGGAUCCUGGUUCCGUGGUGCCAUCUACUACUUUAAGAUUGCCGUGGCCUUGGCUGUGGCUGCAAUCCCAGAAGGUCUUCCUGCAGUCAUCACCACCUGCCUGGCCUUGGGUACUCGUCGGAUGGCAAAGAAGAAUGCCAUUGUGAGGAGCUUGCCCUCUGUAGAGACCCUGGGCUGCACCUCCGUCAUCUGCUCCGAUAAGACCGGCACCCUCACCACCAACCAGAUGUCCGUCUGCAAGAUGUUCAUCAUUGACAAGGUGGACGGGGACAUCUGCCAGCUCAACGAGUUCUCCAUCACUGGUUCCACUUAUGCUCCAGAGGGAGAGGUUUUGAAGAAUGAUAAGCCAAUCCGAGCAGGGCAGUAUGAUGGGUUGGUGGAGCUGGCCACCAUCUGUGCCCUCUGCAAUGACUCAUCCUUGGACUUCAAUGAGACCAAAGGUGUCUAUGAGAAGGUCGGUGAGGCCACCGAGACUGCGCUCACCACCCUGGUGGAGAAAAUGAACGUGUUCAACACUGACGUGAGGAGCCUCUCCAAGGUGGAGAGGGCCAAUGCUUGCAACUCGGUGAUCCGACAACUGAUGAAGAAGGAGUUCACCCUGGAGUUCUCCCGGGACAGAAAGUCCAUGUCUGUCUACUGCUCACCAGCCAAGUCUUCCCGGGCUGCUGUGGGCAAUAAGAUGUUUGUCAAGGGUGCCCCUGAGGGCGUCAUCGACCGCUGUAACUAUGUGCGAGUUGGUACCACGCGGGUGCCAUUGACCAGCCCAGUGAAGGAGAAGAUCAUGUCAGUCAUCAAGGAGUGGGGCACUGGCCGGGACACCCUGCGCUGCUUGGCCCUGGCCACCCGGGACACGCCUCCCAAGAGAGAGGAGAUGGUUCUGGAUGAUUCUGCCAGGUUCAUGGAGUAUGAGACGGACCUGACAUUCGUUGGUGUGGUGGGCAUGUUGGACCCACCCCGCAAGGAGGUCACCGGCUCCAUCCAGCUGUGCCGCGAUGCUGGGAUCCGUGUGAUCAUGAUCACUGGAGACAACAAGGGCACAGCCAUCGCCAUCUGCCGACGAAUUGGCAUCUUUUCGGAGAGUGAGCAGGUGACAGACCGUGCCUACACCGGUCGUGAGUUCGAUGACCUGCCCCUGGCUGAGCAGCGGGAAGCCUGCCGUCGCGCCUGCUGCUUCGCUCGCGUGGAGCCCUCCCACAAGUCCAAGAUCGUGGAGUACCUGCAGUCCUACGAUGAGAUCACAGCCAUGACAGGGGACGGCGUCAAUGACGCCCCUGCCCUGAAGAAGGCCGAGAUCGGCAUUGCCAUGGGCUCUGGCACCGCUGUGGCCAAGACAGCCUCUGAGAUGGUGCUGGCCGACGACAACUUCUCCACCAUCGUGGCGGCCGUGGAGGAGGGCCGCGCCAUCUACAACAACAUGAAGCAGUUCAUCCGCUACCUCAUCUCCUCCAACGUGGGCGAGGUGGUCUGCAUCUUCCUGACAGCCGCCUUGGGUCUGCCUGAGGCCCUGAUCCCCGUGCAGCUGCUGUGGGUGAACCUAGUGACUGAUGGGCUCCCAGCCACAGCCCUGGGCUUCAACCCCCCAGACCUGGACAUCAUGGACCGGCCCCCCCGGAGCCCCAAGGAGCCCCUCAUCAGCGGCUGGCUCUUCUUCCGCUACAUGGCCAUUGGAGGCUAUGUGGGUGCAGCCACCGUGGGAGCAGCUGCCUGGUGGUUCCUGUAUGCAGAUGAUGGGCCUCAUGUCACCUACAACCAGCUGACCCACUUCAUGCAGUGCACAGAGCACAACCCUGACUUUGACGGUCUGGACUGUGAGGUCUUUGAGGCCCCUGAGCCCAUGACCAUGGCCUUGUCUGUGCUGGUGACCAUCGAGAUGUGCAAUGCUCUCAACAGCCUGUCUGAGAACCAGUCCCUGCUGCGGAUGCCGCCCUGGGUGAACAUCUGGCUGCUGGGCUCCAUCUGCCUGUCCAUGUCCCUCCACUUCCUCAUCCUCUACGUCGACCCUCUGCCGAUGAUCUUCAAGCUCCGGGCCCUGGACUUCACCCAGUGGCUCAUGGUCCUCAAGAUCUCACUUCCAGUCAUCGGGCUGGACGAAGUCCUCAAGUUCAUUGCUCGGAACUACCUAGAGGGAUAACCGCCCCCCUCCUCCAUGUCUUUGAACCCGUGUCACAGAUCCAGAAGAUGAGAGAAGGAAGUAACCGUCCCACUGCCCCCUCCUCCCCCGAUAGCGAUGCACCUUCAGCCAGAGCUGUGGCACGACUCCUCUCUCACCCCGACACGUUUCUGUUUAUAAACAACGUCCCCCUCCUUUGCCCUUCCCUCUUCAGCGACCUGUCCUCCCUCCAAACCCUGUCAAUCCUCCCCUCCCGACCCCAUGGGGCUUGCAGGGACAAGGCGACCGACUGAGCUGAGCUGCUUAUUUAUUGAAAAUAAAUGACGGAAAAUUCUG